UCGGGCAACGAGUCAAAGAUGGACGCUACCUGUUGGUUCGAGUUGUACUAGUGGAGGCUACUCUUGCAUCAUCUUCCAGACAUGAUCCCAUUCGUUAUCUGCGUGCUAUUCUUCUGGACAGCUUUAAACUUUACGGACUAUGUGUUCAAGACGUGCAUGCUGUACCCGUACGUCAGCAUGCUGGAGCGAAGUGGAAUGAGCUUGAAGCUGCUUCGCGCGCAGUUCUACUUCACCCGGUUCAACCGUGUGGUGCACCAAAUGGGACGGAAAAAACCGCGAUUUCUGUACUGGUGGUUCACCGUGGGUACAGUUGCCAGUAUUGGAUGCAUUGUGCCUGCCGUUUGGGUGCUCGCGAAGGCUGCCUCUGGCAUGAUCCGAAGUGCCGCAACCGGAACGCAAGAAGUCCAAGUGCUCGAGCCCUCUCUACCAGGCGUCAACCUUCCAUUGUCGGACAUUUUCUACUACAUCGCAACGUUAAUUGUGUGCAGCAUAUUCCACGAGUUCGGCCAUGCUUUAGCGGCUGUUAGGGAGAACGUGCGCAUUCAAGGCUGCGGCUUCUUUGUGCUUGGGAUAUUUCCUGGUGCAUUUGUCGACCUCCCAAAGGACCAACUCUCGGUGCUGUCACCUUGGAGGCAGUUGAAGAUAUACUGCGCCGGAGUGUGGCACAACAUAGUCGCGGCCCUGCUGGCACUGCUGCUCCUCUUUGGCAACAAGUUUCUGUUGGCGCCAUUUUAUGCUGAGAACUCUGGAGUGUCAGUUAUCUCAGUACUCAAGGAGUCUGGUGCCCAUGGCCCUGGUGGUUUAUUGCCAGGAGACCACAUUAUUGGAGUUGACAGCUGUGAUGUUCGGAAUAUGGAUUCCUGGAAGGCCUGCCUGGUCCAGACAUUGCUACUUCCCCAGCAUGGCUACUGCCAGAAGAAGAAUGUGGUCGAGUCUGAAGGCACAUGGUCUCCAAAAGACUGCUGCCAUGGACAGUCAAACAACAGUCUCUGCUUUGCUUACAUGGAACAUGGAGAAAAAAAAAAUGUGUGCCUGCCAGCAAGACGCACGCUGCAGAUGUCAGUCAGGUACUGCAACUCAAGUUGUUCACGGGAUGAAUACUGCCUAAAACCAAUACUGGACAACGGGACUAAGCUAGUAGAGGUCAAGAGGACAAACUGGCAAACAAUGCUCUUUCUUGGUCCACCAUCAGAGCUUUGGCAUUCAGUUUCUGUCAUCAAGUGGGUCCCUCGGCAACUCUACCUAUCUGUGCUGCCAGUGCACAUUUAUGAAGUGUUCCUGCAUUACAUGUUGUCCUUCUCAGGCGCACUGGCACUGCUGAACGUUGUUCCUUGCAUUGCACUUGACGGGCAAUGGAUAACACAAGGGCUCGUAAAGCUGUUGGUGCAAUCAAUGCCUUGGCUUCGAUCUUCCAGAAAAGGAGUUUACCUCUUCAUUGUCUUGGGUGGCACAGUUCUCUUGGCAUCCAACGUUUUUCUUGGCUUUUGGAAGCUUUUUGGCCCUAGAUAAUUUUAGGCCCAAAAUGGUCAUGUGUACAUAGCACUCAUAAUGUAAAUACUGUAGGUAACUCAUCUUUGCAUUUUGCCACCGUACAUUAAAAACUGUUUUGCUUA